CUGAUACACGCCAUCCGCGUAGUUGGCCGGUACGAGGCGCUGCAGUCGGGAGCCUGUGCGAAGCAGGGAGCCGGGCUCCGUCAGAGCACGCAGUUCCCAACAAGCCCUUGAACCUCGCCUUACACCUCCCUCCAACCCCCACUCCCACCGACGAGACCCCUUCUUCAGUCUUCAGGCCGCAGGACGCACCCGCAGCGCCACGCUCGUGGUGCCUCAGAUUGUUGAACCAGCCGUCAUAGCGCUGCACUUCCCAGCUCCGCAGAUCCUCAGCCUCCGCCGGCUUCACUCUCACCCUCCUCUCUGCAUCCUCUGAGGCCGGCUGUGCAGACGUUCCACUUAGGCUAGACCAGCGCCAGAUCUGCAAAGUCCCGACCGCUCUCUGCGCUCGGCCCACGCUGCUAUAAAAGGGGUUUCAGGUCCAAUGCGACUUCCAAACGCAGAGUGAACCCUCAGAGCCCGCUCUCCCACUUACCUAACUCGGUCUCGGCCAAUCCAGAGCGCCUGAGGGCAGUUAGCUGCUGGCUUCCUUAAAGGUGAGCCGAGACGCUCAGACUUGACUUGUCCAUUGGGUCCAGUGCUGGCACCAGGGAACAGAGUAAAGGGAAGUGGGACCUGGACUCGGAGGCCAGUGAUCCCUCUGCUCGCUGGAACACACCCAGCUCAGCCGGGCUGCAGCAUGACUCUGUGGGAUGGUGUGCUGCCCUUCUACCCUCAGCCCCGGCAUGCGGCCGGCCUGAGUGUCCCACUACUCAUCGUCAUUCUCGUUUUCUUGGUCUUGGCCGCCAGCUUCCUGCUCAUCUUACCCGGGAUUCGUGGCCACUCGCGAUGGUUCUGGUUGGUGAGAGUUCUUCUCAGCCUGUUCAUAGGAGCAGAAAUUGUGGCGGCGCACUUCAGCGCAGAAUGGUCAGUCGGCAGCGUUAGCACCAAAACAUCCUACAAGGCCUUCAGUGUGGAACUCGUCCGAGCCCACGUCGGUCUGCAUGUGGGCCUGGAGGGCGUUAAUAUCACACUCACAGGGACCCCAGUGCAGCAGCUAAACGAGACCAUCGACUACAACGAGCAGUUCAUCUGGCGGGUGGGCCAAAACUACGCCGGGGCGUACGCGGAGGCCCUGGAGAAGGGGCUGCCGUACCCGGUUCUCUAUCUGGCGGAGAAGUUCACUCCGAGCAGCCCCUGCGGCGUUUACCGCCAAUACCGCCUGGCGGGACACUACGCCUCGGCCACUCUAUGGGUGGCCUUCUGCUUCUGGCUCCUCUCCAACAUGCUGCUCUCUAUGCCGGUUCCACACUACGGAGGCCUGGCUCUCCUCAUCACCGGCGCCUUCGCGCUCUUCUCGGUGUUCGCCUUCGCCUCUAUCUCCAGCGUGCCUCUCUGCCAGCUCCGCCUCGGCUCCUCCGAGCUCACCACUCACUAUGGCGCAGCCUUUUGGAUCACGCUGGCCACUGGCGUCCUAUGCCUCCUCCUCGGAGCCGCGGUGUUGAGUCUUCACUACGCUCGGCCCAGCGCUCUUCGCCUCUUCUUGGAAGGAAGCGUCAAGGACCUCGAAAGUCCGACGAAGGAGAGCUCGCCUCUCAUCCUCAGCAACCCACUGCAUAAGCAGUUCAGGGCCUCGGACUUGACCAUCAGUACUAACCUGUGAAAGGACUCAACGUCGGACUCCUACUCUGCCUUGGUCCGCGCAGGCCGGGGUGCGGUGCCCGCCGAGCGGAGGAGCUCCAGGAGCGCCGUGGGAGAGGCCGGUGGCCUCAGAUGUGACCCCCCGCUUCGGGGAGAGUCUC